AUGGCGCUCUCCCCUCAGUGGGCCCAGUCGGUUGUUGUGCGGUCGGACGACGGCACGAUUGUGCGUCCGCAGUCGCACGGGUCUCUGGUCGCCUACACCUACGCCGCCGCGGGUCGCCCCAUCAUCGUCCGCCCCCGCGAUCCCCGCGUCUUCACCGCCGCGUCCUCGCACGACGGGAAAGAAGCUGCCGCGGGGCAGGCGGAGGAGGGCGGGUAUGACGCCCACCGUGCCGGCGGCGGCGGCGGCCAGGCCUCGCUGCUCUCUUCGCUUAUCACCGGAAGGGACGUGGCGGCGACGUUUUGGGUCCCCGACCCGAAGCGAAACGAGGUGGGCCUGCUGGAGGCCAUGCACCGCCGCACGGCGGCAAACCGCACGCAUGUCUUGCUCCACAGCAGGCCCCUGCCGGAGCUGCAGUUCAACUUCUCCACCUGCCAGGGCGACAACAUUGACCUCUCCCACGACGCGUUCCGUCUCUCCAAGACAUCCAUGGCGAUGCUGCAGCUGGAGCGCAGGCUUAUGGACGGCGACGAAAUCGUUCUGCACUCCGACGCUGACGCCGGCGGAGGUGGGAAAUUUGGUCGCACGGAUAGUGAUGUGAGGAGACAGCCGCAUGCCCCGCCCACCGCGUCGGCUACUAUCUCUGGGAAGGCCUUCAAGGAUCAGCUGCGGCAAGGGCUGCGCGCCCUUCACGAGGAGGAGUACUACCUUGUUCGCUACCGCGACUACAGUGCGUGGGCCGUGCGAUACUACGCCGACAUUGCAAAGAAGGAUCACUUUUGGGCCAAUAAGUACGUGGAGCAGUGCUUUGCGGUUCACGUUGGGAAGGAGCCGGGGGAGCUGAUCCCCAUCACGGAGGCGCAGUUUCUCUUUGGUGUGGAGAUGCUGCAGCGACAGCUUCUCGAACAGGUCGGCAUGGGCGUCACCGUGGACAUAAACUACUCGGCACUGAGCAAGGAUCAGUUCCGCUCGCUAGGGGUCAUCCUUGGCAAUGGAAUGCGAGACGUGGGCGUAGAGGGAGAGGAACUUCGCCGCCGCCAAGAAGCGGAGCGGGAGGAGGAGGAAAAGAGACGUGCCGCAAAUUUUAAUUCCGGCGCGUACGAGCCACCGAGUAUGUGGGACUGGAGCCCGGCCGCAAUAAAGAAGCGCAUUGACCACCAACUGCAGCGGCAAUACCAGACACUUGGGCGCCUCGUGGUGCGUGGUGUGGUGUUGGGGGUGGGUUUGUACGUGGCGUGGUCGUACGUCAGGCGCGCCCUGCCAAGCGACGAUAACGGCGUCAACAGUCGGGGGCAACGACGAAAGCGCUGGGGCGCGCGGGAUAGCUACUACGGGGACGAAGACGCCAAGUUUGCCCCCAAGGGCUUCCUGCGUAGCGUUAUGUUUGGCCCGAAGGAGGUGUUUGACUACCUGCUUGCACCCACCACCAGCGACUAA